AUGGCCUCCAAACCUAUCUCCGAAGCCGAUAUCGGAAAAUACUGGGAGAUUUUUAGCGCGCACUCCCGCGAUGGAAAGCGAAUCACCGGCGACCAAGCCUAUGGCAUGCUCAAGAAUUCCGGCUUAAACGAGGACCAGCUUGCUAAAAUCUGGGAUCUCGCUGAUGUUGAUAAAGACGGAGACCUCGACUUCGAGGAAUUUUGUGUUGCGAUGAGGUUGAUUUUCGAUCUCGUUAAUGGGGAAUUGAAAGCGGUGCCUACAAAGCUACCCGCGUUUCUUGUCCCAGAAUCCAAAGCUCACCUUGUUACUGCUUCGGACGCACUCUCCAAUGAUCCGCCGCAGUUUGAAAGGAUGGAAGACUUCGAGGAUGAUACUGUAGGGCUCAAAGAUGGCUUCGAUUGGUAUAUGUCACCUGGGGAUAAGUCGAAAUAUGAGGGAAUUUACCUGGCCAAUGCAGGCGACCAUGGGCAGAUCCAGUUUUCUGCAUUGGACGGUCUCUAUGACUCUAUAAACGUCCCGGAUACCGAUAUCCGCUUCGCUUGGAACUUAGUCAACCCUUCUUCGUCACCAUCUAUAGGAAAGGAUCAGGCGUUGGUGUUCUUGCAUAUCCUCAAUGGUCGCCAUGAAGGUUACCGGAUUCCACGAACCGUCCCGGCGUCUCUGAGAGCAACCUUCCAGAAAAACCAGAUAAACUACGAUCUUGAUAAGGUGAAAGACACAGGGCGGGGCCUCGGAAGCGGGAGGAGGGAUAUGAACACAAUCUCGGGGAAAAAAGAGGCAUUUGGAGAGAGCUAUCUUACAAGAUUAGGGGUUGGUGGGAGAGGGAACUUUAAGCAUUCUGGAACCGACUUUUCGUCUACAAAGGACAAAGAUUGGGAAGAAGUCCGUCUUAAACGUGAACUCGCAGAUCUCGAAACCAAGAUCGCGGAAGCGGAAGCUGCGGCGGAAAAAAGAAGAAACAGAGAUAAAUAUGGAUCUAGCGGAUCAAAAGCAGCACUAGUGAAACGGGAACUUGAGCAGAUGCUGGAUUAUAAACGACGAACUCUUCGGGAUUUGGAAGAUGGUGGAGGUUCGGCAAAAGGCGGUGCAGAUUUAAAGAGCGUAAGGGAGGAUUUGGAAAUGGUUAGAAUGCAAGUCGAUGCAGUAGAGCAGCAUCUGAGGGAGCGAGAAGGAGUACUGCAGGGUGUACUAGAUGAGAUUGAAGAGGAGAAAGGAAAGAGGUGA